AAUAAGCCAACGAAAUCACAAAUCGUCAAGUGACGUAAUCCGAAGCCCUACAGACGCACGUCAGGUGACGUGACCCGAAGCCCAAGGGUUAACUCUGGCACUUGUAAUAGUAUUAAUGGGGAAGGUAAUUGCAGUACUAUUGAUAUUAUUUGUAUUAGCUAGCCUUCUAAAACAUAUAGCACAUAUUGGUAAGUCAGAGUUCACCAAGGAGAUCAGACACAGAGCUGCAUGUUGUACACCACAGGAAGUGACGCGACAGCAUAAGGGAUGGUCGCUGGACUGCGUCAUUCUGCAGAACUUGGUGACUCGUUUCAAUAGGGAGGACAUUCACGACCCCCCACCUGAGGGGGUCUACAUCUAUGGGCUCUUCCUCGAGGGAGCCUCCUGGGAUCGCAAACAGGGCCGACUUAUGGAGUCACGGCCAAAGGUGUUGUAUGAGCCCAUGCCUGUGGUUUACCUGUACGCUGUCAACACCACCAGCGGGAAGGACCCUAACCUAUAUGAGUGCCCCAUGUACAGGAAGCCGAAACGCACCGACGCUACCUACAUCGGGUCUAUUGACCUAGAAACUACAGACUAUCUACCGUCUCACUGGACACUGAGAGGCGUGGCUCUGCUAUGUGACAUAAAAUAAAGAGAAAAUCAA